GAGGUCUAGCCGCCGGACCCGGGACCUGUGGUGGGGGGGUCUACCUCCCAGCGUUCGAGGACGGGUCUGGAACCUCGCCGUCGGCAACGAGCUCAACAUCACUGCAGAGCUCUACGACAUCUUCCUCUCCAGAGCGAAGGAGAAGUGGAGGACCCUCGGUGAGACAGACGACGGAGCGCCGUCCAGUCUGGAGCUCAUCACACGGGACACGUCCAGGACGCUGACCUCGCUCUGCGUCUUCCAGAAGGGUGGUCCUUACCACGACCUGCUGCAAAGCAUUCUGGGAGCUUACACCUGUUACAGACCUGAUGUCGGAUAUGUCCAGGGUAUGUCCUCCAUGGCGGCCAUGUUGAUCCUGAACAUGGACGAGGUCCAGGUCUUCAUCAGCUUCUCCAACCUGAUCAACAGACCCCUUCAGCUGGCCUUCUGCAGGCUGGACCACCAGCUGAUGUUCAGGUACUUCGGGGUCUUCCAGAUGUUCCUCCAGGAGACUCUUCCUCGUCUCUUCCUUCACUUCCAGUCUUCAGGUGUGACCCCCGACCUCUACCUCCUGGACUGGAUCCUGUCCCUCUUCGUGAAGCCCCUCCCCCUGGACGUGGCAUGCAGAGUGUGGGACGUGUUGUUCCGGGACGGAGAGGAGUUCCUGUUCAGGACGGCGUUGGGGAUCCUGCGUCUCCACCAGGACGUCCUGCUGGACCUGGACCUCGUCAGCAUCGCUCAGUUCCUGUCCCGCCUCCCUGACGAGCCGCUGCUCUCUGAUAGGCUGUUCUCCUGCAUCGCGGCCACGCCCCUGCUGAGUGGGAACAGGAAGUGGACUCAGGUGAUGUCCUCCUGCAGAGACUCAGAGAGCAGCUGACACCUCCUUCCAUUAGAAUAAUAACUAUAAUCAUAUUAUAAUAUAUUAUUAAUAUAAUAUAAUAAUAUUAUAAUAUAUUAUUAUAUUAAUAAUAUAUUAUAAUAUUAUUAUUAAUGUAUAAUAUUAAUAACCUCCAGAGGGCUGAUGGACUCUCAGUGAUGUAUAUUAUAAUAUAUUAAUAUAUUAAUAAUAUAGUAUUAUUAUAUUAAUAUAGUAUAUUAAUGUUAUAUUAUUAUUAAUGUAUUAUAUUAAUAACCUCCAGAGGGCUGAUGGACUCUCAGUGAUGUCAGCUGUAUAUAGUUUCUCUGAUCAGACAUUACUAGUUGAGCCGACGCUCCGGAAGACGAGAACACAAGAUCAGACAGAUUAAAUAUAGAAUGAUAUUUAAUAAUAAUAACAUGAUGUUGUGUUUGUUUCUCUUUAUAUUCAUGUUACUGUGUGAACUGUUUAUCAUUCAUCCAUUCAUAUCUAUCAGCUGAUCAUAAAGUCUAAUAACUCUGAA